UACUGAUAUCCCUCUGAUACCGACACACACACACACACACACACACACACAGCACUCUGGCAGACUGACAUAGGACAGAGGGACGAAGCACAGAGGAACCCGUUAGAGAACAACAACAAAGAAAAAAGAAAGAACGUUAAAGAGAGCCCAAAGAGAGAAGCUGAGAAAGCAAAAGGAAGAGAAGAAGAGCAGGAACCAGGAGGGAGAAAGAGGGGCCCGACCCCUAGGUUGGGAACCGCUGGACUAAACUACCCAACUGUAUAUAAAGAAGUUAAAGUAGAUCCAACUCGAGCAGCAACAAAGGUAUCAGGUACGACAUCCCAAACGAUCCCAAACCAUUCUUUCUGCUCAGAGGAAGACAAUACACAGCUACAACAUCCAGCCAAAAGCAGAGGGCACCUUCGGGUAUUUUUGUUAGUAAAGGAAGUCAGCACUUUUUCAUUUAUUUUUGUUGAUUAGCUGGAUUUUUAGCAAGUGAGCCAGUGUCCCUGUCUGUCAAGAACUGUCAACUCAGUAAACCUUACUUACUGUAGGAAACCAUUUCCUGAAGUAAACUUAGGCUAAAACCUACAAAAACCCCCACCUCAACAGUCAAACUAUGGCCCCCAAGAAGAAGGUCACCCGUCAGAAGAAGCCUGCAGUGGAAACCAUCUCUCAGGUCGCCAUGGAGACCGCCCCAGUCCCGCUGAAGGUGGAGAGCCGUGGUGAUGGUGUGGUGGUGGUGGAGACCGGGGUGAAGAAGAUCGAGCAGAUGGCGGCGCUGGACAUCGCCCAGCUGAAUAGCCUCAACCUGCCGCUGCCGCCACCGAUCAUCAAGCCCGGAGAGAGAGGCCUCGGCCUGGGCAGCGAGCUGACACGACCCCUGCACGGCAACGCCCUGCUGGAGGAGCUCAGCAAGAUGCGGCAGGAGAAGUUCCUGACCGACCUGGAGUUGGCCUGUAAGACAAAGGCCUUUGAUGUCCACAAGCUGGUCAUCUCCUCAAUCAGUCAGUACUUCAGAGAGAUUCUGGCCAAAGACCCGAGCAUGAAGCGCCUGGAGCUCCCCUCGCUCUCACCUCUAGGUCUGGCCAACGUCAUCACCUUCGCCUACCUGGGUCGCGUCCACAUGUCCCUCUACACCAUCGGUUGCACCGUCUCCGCCGCCGCCACCUUGCAGAUCCCUCACCUCCUCAAGAUGUGCAUGGACUUCCUGCUGGCCGAGCUCAACGUGCAGACCUGUGUCUACAUCUGGAACAUUGCUGCAGCAUACGGCCUGCUGCCUGUGUGCGACGCCGCCCGCCGCUUCGUCCUGGAGAACUUCAUGCAGUUCGCCGACACGCCGCUGUUCAACCAGCUGACCCUGGAGCAGAUCUCUGCCUUCCUGCAGGACGACUCGCUGCUGUUGCAGUCAGAGGUCACCGCCUUCCAGCUGGCCAUGAAGUGGCUCGACUUCGACGCCUCUCGUCAGGCUCACGCCGCAGAGCUCCUGUCUCAUAUCCGCUUUGAGACGAUCCCGGCCAGCGAGCUGGUCAGUCAGAUCCAGCCGGUGCCCCGCAUGAUGAUGGACCCUCAGUGUCACCGCCUCCUGGUGGACGCCAUGAACUACCACCUGCUGCCCUACCAGCAGAACACCCUGCAGUCCCGACGCACACAGGUCCGCGCCGGUCAGCAGACUCUGCUCACCGUCGGCGGCCGACCAUCACUCACAGAGAGAGCUCUCAGCCGCGAGGUGCUGUGGAGGGACCCUCGUGAAGGAGGAGCGACCUGGCGUCACCUCACCCAGCUGCCGGCGAAGAGCUUCAACCAGUGCGUGGCUGUGAUGGACGGCUUCCUGUACGUGGCCGGAGGAGAGGACCAGAACGACGCCCGCAACCAGGCCAAACACGCCGUCAGCACCCUCAGCAGAUAUGACCCUCGCUUCAACACCUGGCUCCACCUGGCCAGCAUGCGUCAGCGCCGCACCCACUUCUCUCUGGCAGCCAGCGGCGGCCGCCUGUUCGCCAUCGGCGGCCGCAACGUGGAGGGUCUGCUGGCCACCACCGAGAGCUACCUGCCCUCCUCCAACACCUGGCACAUGCGCGCGCCCAUGGAGGUGCCCCGCUGCUGCCACUCCAGCGCCACCCUACCCUCCGGAGACAUCCUGGUCACCGGCGGCUACAUCAACUGCGCCUACUCCCGCUCUGUGGCGUGCUACAAAGUGGAGACCGACACCUGGACCGAGAAGGCCUCCAUGGAGACACCCCGUGGCUGGCACUGCUCCGCCACCCUCGGAGGGAAGGUGUAUGUAGUGGGAGGAAGCCAGCUGGGGCCCGGCGGCGAGCGGGUGGAUGUCCUCUCUGUGGAGGUCUUCUCCCCAGAGAGUGGCAUGUGGAGCCGGGCUGCCCCUCUCCUCCUCGGCGUGAGCACCGCCGGCCUGUCCCCGCUGGCCGACAAGCUGUACCUGCUGGGAGGCUGGAACGAGGCGGAGAAGCGCUACAAGGCGGCCGUCCAGAAGUACGACCCGGCCACAGACAGCUGGUCCAUGGCGGAGGAUCUGCCCGAGCCCACGGUGGGAGUGUCCUGCUGCACCCUCACCCUGCCGCCCCGCCACGCACCGCGCCGGCAGCAGCACCGCAACACCCCGGCCCACGAAGAGCAGCAGCAGAAGAACCGGAGCAGAGAGAGCAGCGUGGCUCCUUCACAAACCAUCCCAGCAUAGAGAGACAGAGAGGAAGGGAGAGACUAGAGGAGAGGACCGGUGGUUUAACCUCUGGAGAACAUCUGGAUCAUGUCUGCUCUUUUUUUCUGUUUAUAUCUAUGUGGGGGAAAAUGUGCCCCACUUAAAACUGAAAUAGAAAUUUAUUUCAGUCUGUAAAUAAUUACACAAAGACUUUUGUCAGAAAACAACAAUUACUCCAAACGAAACAGUACAGCAGAAAACAAUGGACCUUAGCAGAAAGAUGUUUUUCUUCUUUAGUAUUUAACACUAAAAUAUUAUUAUUUUUAUGAAUAAUAAAUAAUAAUAAAGUUUUAUUAUUAUUUAACACCUAAAAGGACUGAUAAUAAUGAUGGAGGAUUUAAUUGGACAAAAAUGUCCAUAGAUUUACACAAUUUAGAUGAAACUUUGGUCACAAAUGUUUCCAAAGUGAUUUUAUGGUGUCCAAAGAACGUUUUUGCUUCUGUCCUGUAUUAUUACGACAGAAACAGCUAAAUUGAAACUAGAUGCUGAUUUAAGAGACAGGCAGCCACAGACCUACAUGCUGCAAGUCGUGCAAGAAAUAAAAGAGAGCUUGCAUGGUCCAAAGUGGCCUCAGGAGGUUUUACAUCGAUGGAAAAGGAGAAAGGAGAGGAGGAAAAACUGGAUGAGUGAUGAAUUGUAGAGUGGAGCAGGUGGAGGCAGAGCUGAUGGAUGGAGGAUGAAGAAGGAUGGAAAGGCAGGAACAGUGGCUGUUUGUGUUUGAGCGUCACUGUGAAUCCACUGGCAGUUUGUGUACAAAGGUGUAUCUAGGCAGUGUGUGUGACUGUGCAAAUAAGUUUGAAUGUGUGUGUGUGUGUGUGUGUGACAGAGAUGAGUGAAUGACCGCAGUGUGUGGCCGCUACGGGAAAAUGAGCCAAUUCUGACAAAAACUGCAAUAAUAAAUAUUUCUCACGAGGACAGAAGCAGGCCAGCAAUAAACAAACCGGUUUUAUUUAUUUAAUGGAUAUCUGUCAGAAGUAGUGUAGCUAAAUUGUGACACAAUGAAUUUAAAAAUGAUGUAGUACUUAAAAAUUAACAUUUUAUAAGUGCAAUGGAGUGGAAGGAUUAAGAUGUGAACACAAGAGGAAGGCAGUGUGAACUCAACACAGGUGAGAUUUAAAAAGAAAUUAAUGGAAAAUACCAUUAAAAAAAAAAAAGUACAAGUUUCUUGGUUUCAACACACCACAAAUUAAACUUUCCCAAGAAACCAAGAUUAAGGAAAAUGCUUAUAUAAAGAUAUAAAAUCUAAAAAAAAAAUAAAUAAAAGCAUACAAAUUAGAAAAAUAUAGAUAAAAAUCCAACAAAUAAAGAAAAAAAAAAGGAAGAAAUAAAACGUGUGAUGAAAUCUCACCUCACCUGUGCUUGUUUUAAAACAUUUGCCUCCUCUGACUUAUAAUUUCUACUGAAACUAAGACAAACCACCAACUGAAGAACCAGUGAGCCUCCAGCAGGUGGC